AUGCCUCACCACACUCGCUUCAUCUCGCCCGGAUUUCCACACGUCACAUCGCGGCACGACGGCGGGCGAGUAAACGUCAUCGAGGCACUUUUUCAAUUGCACUCCCCAAACCAGAAACGUAGUCAAGCGCGAGUGAGCGCCAUGUCUUCAGUGCGGACGACGCGAGGGUCCCGCGUGCGGCUGGAGUGUAAGGCCAGCGCGCGGCCUCCACCACGGAUCACGUGGUACAAGGACGGGAAGCCAGUCACAGAGAUCGCGUUGAGGCGAUUCCGGGUGCAGAAAUUCAGGAGGCGCUCGGUACUAGUGAUAAGGCACGCCAAGUUGGAGGACUCUGCGACGUACGAGUGCAGGGCGCAGGGCGCGGUUGGACCCCCUGCCAUCGCCACGGCCAACGUUACCCGUCAUUUGGUGCUCCGUGUCCAAUGCCAGAUCCCUCUUCGUACUGUCUCAACGGAGGCACCUGUUUGUACUUCGAGCCAGUCAGAGAACAGGCUUGCAAAUGUCCAGAAGGCUUCAAUGGGCAGCGGUGCGAAAACAAGGACGUUUCCAACAGGAGCAGUAUGUAUCAACACCCAUAUACGUGCAAACUGGGCCUAUCCACGUCCUACUAUUGUUAGCCAAAGCACCGCUGCGUCUGCGCAGAACCCACCUUGUUUCCAAUAUUGA